AUGUCGCAGAUGUGGGACAUGUCGUCAGGUCAGACCAUGCUCAGUGGCAUGGCCUUCGAACUCAGUAACGAUAUCGGGGGACCAGGACAGGAGCCAUCACCACCACUGAGCCAUACGAGCCAGCAAAACUUUUUCCAGGAUAACCAAACUUCUCUUAUACCCCCAGCAGACUUCAGCAGAGAUUCGAAUUCCGCUUCUCCAGCUGCUUCAAAUUUCAUCUUCGACCUGUCCAAGGAUGUGGAUUGCAAAUGCUCCACUCAAAUCAGCCAGCUCAUCUAUUCUGUCAGUCUGCGGCGUGCGACAGCAGUUCCACUAGACGUUGUUUUCGCUGUGGAACAACAGCUCAGCCGGACCAAAGAAACAAUCACCGCAUGCGCGAACUGCUCUCUCGGCUCACCAUACAUGAGCAUGAUGCUUUGCACUGCCAUGAGCUGGGUGAUUGAGCAUCUAGAAACUUACAUGCGCGAGGCAACAGUCAACACGCCCAACGGCCAAAUGACGUACCUGACAAUCAGCGGCUUGACGCUGAGUAAAGACAUGUCUCAGUCGUGUUCUGAGGCAUUGGUCAAACUCCGCCUCAGACGAGUUGUGCAAACAGCACGAGAGUUGUCAAUGUUCAACAUGGAGACGAAGAGCACGCUUUUGGGAGGACUGCGGUCGGCGGCGGCCGAGACUGGAGCGGCAGCGCAACAGAUGUUUGGUAUGUUGGAAAUGAGAGGUGCCUUUUAG